ACUUCAGAGAACUCAUUAUUACUUCCAUUGUGCUCUAGCAGUUUUCAUCCUUCACAGUCAGAGACAAAUAUCACUUGCUGUGUCAUAGCACAUGGAUUUCAGGACCGCCUGUGAAGAGACAAAGACAGGGAUUUGUUUGCUGCAGGAUGGUAACCAGGAGCCUUUCAAAGUGCGACUGCACUUAGCCAAAGAUAUUUUGAUGAUCCAGGAGCAGGAUGUGAUCUGUGUGUCUGGUGAGCCUUUCUAUUCUGGUGAAAGAACAGUAACAAUUAGAAGACAGACGGUAGGAGGAUUUGGAUUAAGUAUAAAGGGUGGAGCAGAACAUAAUAUUCCAGUGGUAAUUUCUAAGAUUUCCAAAGAACAAAGAGCGGAACUUUCGGGUUUGCUCUUUAUAGGAGAUGCAAUUCUACAGAUUAAUGGAAUUAAUGUGAGAAAAUGCAGGCAUGAAGAAGUGGUCCAGGUCCUUCGCAAUGCAGGGGAAGAAGUGACCCUAACUGUGUCCUUUCUGAAAAGAGCACCUGCUUUUCUCAAACUGCCACUGAAUGAAGAUUGUGCAUGUGCCCCCAGUGACCAAAGCAGUGGCACAUCCUCUCCCCUGUGUGACAGUGGUUUGCAUCUCAACUACCAUCCCAACAACACGGAUACAUUAUCAUGUUCCUCAUGGCCAGCAUCCCCAGGACUUAGGUGGGAAAAAAGGUGGUGUGAUCUCCGAUUAAUUCCACUUCUUCAUUCACGGUUUUCCCAGUACCUUCCAGGAGCAGAUUUGUGCAGGCAAAAUGCGUUCCAAGUAAUUGCUGUGGAUGGGGUUUGCAGUGGAAUAAUUCAGUGUCUCUCUGCUGAAGACUGUAUUGACUGGCUACAAGCAAUAGCAAGUAACAUUUCCAACCUCACAAAGCACAAUAUUAAAAAAAUCAACAGAAAUUUUCCCGUAAACCAGCAGAUAGUCUACAUGGGCUGGGCAGAAGAACGGGAACAAGACUCCCUUCAGGAUCGAAUGUACACACCAAAGUUUCUAGCACUGAGGGGAUCUUCCCUGUAUAAAUUUAUAGCACCUCCAGUCACAACCUGGGAUUGGACACGAGCUGAGAAAACAUUUUCAGUUUAUGAGAUAAUGUGCAAAAUUCUCAAGGACAGUGAUCUACUGGACCGGCGGAAACAUUGCUUCAGUGUCCAGUCUGAAGCUGGAGAAGAUCUUUACUUUUCUGUGGAACUAGAAUCUGACCUAACACUAUGGGAAAAAGCCUUCCAAACAGCAACUUUUUUAGAAGUUGAACGGAUACAGUGCAAGACAUAUGCCUGUGUUUUGGAGAGUCAUCUUAUGGGACUUACCAUCGACUUCAGCAUGGGCUUUGUCUGUUUUGAUGCUGCCACAAAGGCUGUACUUUGGAGGUACAAGUUUUCCCAGCUCAAAGGUUCUUCAGAUGAUGGGAAGAGCAAAAUCAAAUUUUUGUUCCAAAACCAAGAUACUAAACAAAUUGAAGCAAAGGAGCUGGAGUUCUCCAACCUGUUUGCAGUCCUUCACUGUAUCCACUCAUUCUUUGCAGCCAAAGUGGCUUGUUUGGACCCUUUGUAUGUAAGCAGUCAAGCCACAUCCUCUGCUGCUCCCACAACUUCUGGUACUGGCAAAUUAAAGUAUACUACUUGACAUCUCACAUUACAGCACUGCCACUUAACAACAAGACGUAACAAUGUAUAAAUAUUCAUAAGUUGUAGACCUUUGGUGAACCAUGUACAUGGAAACCAGUCCUGGAGGCAAGACAUCUUGCAGCAUCAGCAGAUAAAUGGUCACAUGGAUCAUAAAUUCAUCUCUGUUCUGCAAGACAUCAGUAAAUAAUCCUAGUCAAAAUCCCAAAAUAGGAUGGAUACGCUUUUAGUAUGAUAUAUUUGUACUUAGAUAGUGCUUUAAGCAAUGCUGGAAGCAAAGGAAUAAAUGAUGAAAUGAAGCACUUCGGUAUUUAAUAAAAUUUUCAAAUUGCUGUAAUAAUACACAAAUAGAAUUGUCAUUCUGUUUUCAGAUGGUUUUUAUGACAAUAUACUAAUUCCUGAGUAUGAACUUAAUACCCUAUUAUUAUAUUAUAAAUUACAUAAGAGCAAGCAACAAGCAUAUAGUACAUGGUGACGAGGAGAUAAGCAUGAAAAGGCGUUUUGUGUAAAAGUAUCUCCUCAAAUACGAAAGCACUUUAAGCAGUGUUGUAAAUCCAUACUUUUGUCCAUACAUGGAAUCAUGCUACUUUUUCUAUUCUGUUCUUCUAGUCUCACAAUAGCAACAACAAAGAUAGAGCCAUAUUGGACUGAUACAUAAAAAAAAAAAUUAAAAAAAAUCCAAAACAAAGCCACAAAAAGUCAAAACACCUUUCCAUGAGUAAGUCCCUCUUCUUCAAGUAGAAAUAAUGUGAUAUGAAUUUAAAUUACAGAUUAAAUGCAAGUGCGUAAAAUAUCCUGUCUGCCAUUUACCUCCUCCAUUUUUUUUUGGUCAAGAAUUAAAUUCUGUAAAUCUAAUAGUCUUUGUUCACAAGACUCAGCUGUUGAAUUUGUUUCAGAUACAAUCUCCACCCAAUACAUUGUUUCCAUGUUUAACCUUGGUUUCACAUCAUAAGUAGAACCUCUGUUCCACUCAGGCUCUCAACAAAAUAGACAUUCUACAUUAUGAUUAAAAAGUGAGUCCACCCUUUGAAUUCUUAUUAAUCAUUUUUUUUAUAUUUUUAGUAAAAGACAGGAAUAAAUUAAACAACCUGUGAAGAAUAGCUGACAAAAUGCAUAUAUUUGUUUUUUAAGAAUAUUAAAUCACUCUGGACCACAUACUAGUUCCAGAGUAUCAUUUAAUGAUGAAAUCUGAGUGAGUUGUAAAUUUAAAAUUAAUUAUUUAAAUAUAAUUUUGCAAAGUAAUUUAAUUUUGUGCUAUUACACACAUUGGUAAAGAUUGAAAAAUGGUGGGAGUGUGUGUGGGAUGUAACUUAAAAAACAGAAAAAAUGAAGGAUUUUUUUUUGCCAGACAGGAAAAAAGAACCUAAAAUACUGUAGGAAGAACAGCUAGUGCAGGUACAGUGUAUUCAUAACAUUGUAAAUAGUACUUUGUGGGGUUUCUGUUUAUUAUAUUGAAAAAAAAAUUCUUCCUUUUUUUUUUUAUUCCCCACUUAGACUUGUUAUAAAAGCACAUAGCAUGUAAGGUUUAUGGACACUGUCUGCUUUGUUUAGCAGAAAGACUAGUUCCGUCACAUCCUUUUCUACCUAUUAAGAUAAUUAAAACUUGAAAAGUAAAGCCAGAGGAAAGGGUUUUUUUUGUAAUAGAAACAGUACAAAAUGCAAUGCAGAGACAAAAGAUGAAUGAACUUUAGGGGCAUAUCAUGUCUCUGUUUUUCUGCUUUGCAUUAGAAGUAUCUGGAUUUAUGUGUGUGAGAGUAUCCUUGCUUUGAAGUAUAGCUUAUCUCACUUGAUACUAGUUCCAAAUAAUCCAAAAAUAUAUUUUCUAGGGACUCUUUCAUCACUUUCAAAUGACUUUCAGUACAUGCUUACUUCUUAGUACAUCUCCAAGGGUUACACAUUUAUUUUCCAAGAUAAAUACAAUGAAAUUAUGUCAUAAUCCAGCUAUUAAAUGCUUUAAGUGUCAUCAAAAUCCAACAUUUUCAUAGUCAUCAUUAUGUGGGGUUUUUUAUAUGAAUUGUUCCGAAAUAAGAGAGUCACAUCCUGGUCUCUGAAGACACAUAAAACUACUUUGACAUUCCAUGCAUGGGAUCUUGUUCCUGAGAUAUUUUGAAUCCAAAGCUACAACAGUCUAAGGGGUUUAAUGAUGGUAACUCAUGCACUGUCCUUGUCAAGAAAGCAUAUACUGGAAACACAAAUUUUGACAGAGCACUGACAAUGCUGAAAACAGAAGCCUAUAUCUGUUUAUGGCAGUUCUCCUCCUCUGCACUCCCGAAUCAUCUCCUUCCUUUUAGUGCAUUGCUGUGGCAUUCAGCUAUCAGAGUGUUGGCAUGUGCUAACACCUCAGUAAAUGCUCUGGUGGUAAUAACAGAAUCUAAAACUAAUCAGUUGCCAGUUGAAUGUUUUUCCUUCAACUGUUCAUGUUAUGUGCACAGUUGUACCUCUGAAACUGAGAGUUGUUUAAAGGAUGUUGUUUAAUGGUCUUAAAUGAACAUAGCAUUUACCCAAACCAGCAUAAAUUAUGUCAUUGCAAAUUGCUGAAGAUUAAGGCCCCCUCCCCCCAAUUUUUUAAAAAAUGCUCCUUGUGCAGAAGUGAUGGCAUCAACUUUUGGGAUUCCACCAGGGUAUAAUAAAGAUCUCUGUCAAGUAUUCUGCUUGCAGAACUGCUGUAUUCACCAAUGAGACUUUUGUAACUGGGCAUUAAAUAUGCAACGUUUAAGAAACAAACAUUAGCCUGUAAAAUUGAUUUUUUUUUGUUCUUCUAAAACCCUAUCUUUCAAAGAGCUAAACUGAUAGGGCUUGCUUAAUCAAUACUUUUCUUUUCAGCAAGAUAAAAGUGAUAUUGUGAGAAUGUAAAAUGCCAUAGCCUUGACUGCAGGUCAGCACUGGUACUUGUAAAUGCAACAGGGGGUUGUGCACUGACCUCACAGAACAUUCAGAGGUGACUCUGCAUCCAGUCUUGCCCUGUUAGAGCAAGUUGGUCAGACAUUCAGUCUUGAACCAAAGAGGGAAAAUUUUAAACUAUGUGUUAUAACUAAACCUAAAAUAGCAAAAUAUAAUUUACAAGCAUAUUAAUUGCCUAUAUUUUUCAUUUAAACACCUGCAGGAGAUUCCUAUUUAAAGCAUAGUGAACUUCAAAUGCAUAUGUCAAAACCCAAUAUGUCAAAACCCAGGCUUUAUGUUGCAGCCUCUCAUUUCACAUGUGCCAUAUAAUGAAUACAAGGCAACACAGCCCAGUGACAGUCAAAAAACACAAUUAAAGCAAGCUAUCAGCUUUUACGAAAAAUCUGUAUACAAGUGAAAGCAAAUAUUUUUACAAAAACCCCAAACCCACCAACCCAUACCAUAAAAUGUGAUUUGUUCUCUUUGUCAUGAUAUUCUUAAAUAAGUUUAAUUUUAAAAAGUCUUUAUAGUACUGUGCCUAUUGAAGUGAUGUUAUAUAGUAUAUCAAAAAUAUGUACACUUAAAUAUAACUAAAUACAUUUGUUUUGAUUUGCUUUUCUUUAUGAUGGAAAUUUCAGAUGAUCUGACCUUCACGGAACUAAUCAUAUGCUAGAUGUUAGCUUAAUUUUAUUAUGAAAGUGUUACUAAUUUGAAUACAUGUUAUUCUGGAUUUCAUCAGUGAAUGAAUAAAUUUCAUUUCCUACAUCUGUUUAAAAAUACAGUUCCAGAUUUUCAAGAGCUUUCCAGUAACAUGAGGGCGCCUAUGAAAUAAAAUCACUAUAUUUGUAAAUGUUGGCAAUUUUAUUUUGUUAAUGAAGUGCAGCAAGAAGUUUGUGGAGACAAACUAGUUGCAAUUAAAACCAGUGAUUUGAAGGUUUGUCUAUUCAAACUAGAAUUCAUAAGAAUGCAAACCAAUAAUGUACAGUAUCAAUAUGCUUGAAGAUGAAAAAUACUGGUUUUGAAAUUAGUCCUUAAUUCCACAAAAAUCUGUUUCUUUGCUUUGUGAGUGUAGACUUUAUCAGAACACCUAAAAGUGGACAGUUAAAUAUGAGUAGGUAGUUGCCAAUACUGCUGCCUAUUACUUUAAAUGUGAUUUGGUUUAUUCAAUGCCUUAAGGUGUUUCUUUAUAUCAAAAAAAAAUAAAAAUCUGAAGAUCCUGUGAAUGUACAGUUGCUGCCCUUAGAAAUUCAUCAAGUUUGCUACAGAUUGUCUAAGUACCCUUGAGUAUUCCCUAUGCCAAAAAGAAAGACCAGUUUUCAUCCUGGUAUGACGAUUAUAAGAAACCUUUUGGAAAAUGUAAUUUUAUUAAUAUUAAACACUAAUCCUUCUAUUGCACUUUCCAUUUCAUGACAGGGACUAGUCUCUGAAAAAGUGUAGCAUCAAAAAAAAAUUUAAGCUAAUUUUAAAAUGUUCAAUCUUGGGCAAUUAUGAGUCUGUACUUUGGACUCCUCUGACCAAUUCGGCAUGAUGGGCAAAAUGGGACUCUCAACCUCCCAAAAUUUAAGUACCUGUCUUAGCUGCCUAAGGUAGGGCUUGAGGCUCUCAAAGGGGAAAUACAAGGCAGGAACAUAGCUUAGGAUCUCUGAAAGUGCACGCACCUGUGUGACUCCAGGGAGCUAGAGCUGCUUCUACAUAAGUGUUUGCUUUUUGUCAGGAAUGUGUUUUUGAAGCCAGGCUCCUGCCUGCUAUCACUCACUGUGCUGUUCUUCAUAUUGCAGAGCAGGCUUUAAGCACAUGUAUUUAGGAUGAAACUAAAUUGAACAUCACCCCUAUAUGAGUUGCAGGUUCUGAUAGUCUUUCAGACCAUGAGGCCCCUCUGAAAGACUCCAGAGGAAAACUGACCCUGAGCUCCUAACAGCGAGGCUGCCAGGUCCUGGUGCCACCCCUUUCUGUGUCUGCAGCGGCGGCUGCUCGUACACCGUGUGGGUGCGUGAAGGACCCUAGAAAGCUGAACUUCACAGUGUAGCUCUCCAAAGCCUAGUGCCUGAAAGGGGAUGAUGCGCUGACACAAGGGGCAGAAUGAACCUGAAGGAGGCUGAUGGGUGCCCAGAGCAGGUUAUUCUGCAUCACCUUUUUCCCUCACCACACCAGGACAGUAUUGACUCAAACAGACUACCCCUCAGCCCUCUCCCUGCUGCUCCUUUCUCCCUGUCUACCACAAAUGCACACCUGAAUGUUUGCUCUGAGGUCCCCAAGCACACUUCCCUGUUUCCUCAACCCCUUUGCUCAGACAGAUGGCAAAACUACUCUCAGCUACAUAACAGAGCCUCUAAACCUCUUACACAGCCAGGAGACAGAACUAAGGAUUAUAGCAAGGACAUCCCUGUAUCAAUAUGUGUGCUUGCGUGUGUGAUUAAUAUUCAGGUUAAAGCAAAUAAAGUCAUAUCUGAGCUUAAGUGCUUUCCUGACUUGGAGGGUUCUUAAGUGGAAUUGUAGUAUUUUCCUGGAAAAAAAGUCUGUAAUGUCAGCACAUUUCUACAUGCUUGGCUCCAUUUUCAGGACGUUUAGAAGAGGUAGUGGUUCAUAUUCUGUUGGAAUCAUAGAAAAAAGUGUAGGAAUACUGGAAUAAAAAGAAAUUUCUGUUUGGAUUCUGUAUAUUAUUACAGUACAUUACAUAAUUCUUAAAACACAUUGAACAAUGUAAAACUAAAUGCUUUCAUUUACAUAACCUAGUCAGUUUUCACUAUCGUAUACAUGCCUUCCACUUUCAACAACUUUCUCCACAAGAAUCCCAACUAUAUAUUAUAGAAAUUCUUUUAUUAUUCGGUAUAUACUAAUAUAUAAUGCAUAGUGUGUGUGUAUGUAUGUGUGUGUGUGUGUCUAUAUAUUAGUAUAUACUAAUGGAAGAUACUCAGUAUAUAUUAAUGAAAGUUACAUAUUAGGUACAACUAUAAAAUGGAACCAUAAAUCCAUGAAGCUUUACAUUUAAAAACCUUAUAAUACUAUAAAGACAAAUAUGUAUAUUAGUUGAAGAAAUGGCUAUUUUUGCAGGAUAUGCACAAUCUGGAUAUACAAUAAUAAAUUGAUAAACAUCAACCGAUUUACUAUUUCAUACCUCCAGGAACUUUGAUUUUUUUAAUUAUUCUUAUCCCUUUAGCAUAUUUGCAAUAUAUGUCAUAAGUUUUAAUUUGUUAUGGAUAAAAAUGACUGAAAAAAAAAUGUAAUAGAAAGUGCUAUAUAUUUUAUAAAUAUUAAAAAUUUAAGAAAAACUAUUCCAAUUAUUUAUUUCAUUUUUAGUUAUGGUUUUGUGAUCGUUUGUAAUAUGUAUUUGUGACAAAAAUAAGUCACCUAGUUGUUUAAGCUCAUUAAUGUACCACUAAUAAAAUGCUAUCUUCUGU